CGCUUUCACGAACGCGGUCGGCGUGUAACCCUCUAGCCCUCUAGCUGGCAAACGGCAGCACCCUUGCGAGGAUUGCGAAGAACGCAUUUGGCGGACUCGUCUGUCGGCUACGACCGACAAAAUAUUUAAACUCCGUAGGCAGGAGUCUGUCCACGAAGGCGGAGCACGUCGCAGACGUGAUUAAGUGAUCGCGCGGUGUGUCGUUUCGCGUCGUCCGGCCGCGUGAGUGUCUCCCGUCCGAAAAAAAAUCGCCGCGUCGUCGCAGACGUAAUGUCAGGCAUAGCGAUCGCCAGGCUCGCCGAGGAGCGAAAGGCAUGGAGGAAGGACCACCCGUUCGGCUUCGUAGCUAGACCAACCAAGAAUCCAGACGGCUCCCUCAACUUGAUGAGUUGGGAAUGCGCGAUACCUGGAAAGAAAUCUACUCCGUGGGAGGGUGGCCUGUACAAGUUGCGUAUGAUCUUCAAAGAUGAUUAUCCGUCAAGCCCACCGAAAUGUAAAUUCGAACCUCCGCUGUUUCAUCCGAACGUUUACCCAUCCGGCACUGUCUGCUUGUCGCUCUUGGACGAGGAGAAAGACUGGCGACCAGCCAUCACGAUCAAGCAAAUCCUGCUUGGUAUUCAGGACUUGUUGAACGAGCCAAACGUGAAGGAUCCGGCUCAGGCUGAAGCAUACACAAUAUAUUGCCAAAAUCGUUUGGAAUACGAGAAGCGCGUUAAAGCUCAGGCCAGGGCGAUGGCUCCGCAAGAAUAAAUCGCAAGAACUCAAGUCGACAUAUUUAAAAUAUGUGGGAAAGAUAUUAUAUGUGGAUAAACGCUUUCCUAAACUGAUGGUUCUUACAAUUAAUCUUUUUUACAAGUCAAAUUUAAUAUAUGUUAUAUAACUAGUUAAGUGGUUCACGCUCUUAACGUUUAAUUUACCGAGGUAUUGCCUUCAUCCAUCAUGCAUAUUUCUCAAAAUUCCAAGAAUACAUAGCGUACACCGCAUGUCGACGUGAAAACUAACACAUAAAUAAUAUCUUAUUAAUAUUAAGAACUAUGUUAGGAACGAGAUAUGUGUAUACUUUAAGGCAGAAUUAUUUUUUGAUCAAACCUUUAAUUUUUAAGUCUUAUAAGUGAUUACUGAUGUUUAUGUUUUAAAACAGAGAUGCAAGUAGGGAGAUAUUAAAAAGUAUCGCGGUAGCUGUUGAAUAAAUAUCUCUCUUCUCGAGUUCCCUAUUAGUUCCAUUCUUGAAUAUAUACGUCAUACGGUACAUGUGUAGGUAGACUUAUUUUAGAGUUUACUAAGUAAUGUACAAAUCUCGAAAGGAAUAAAAGAUUUCAACUCGUCAA